AUGCACAUCAAAACCCCCCAAUCCGCCCUCCUCUCCAACCACGAAGUUCUCCUGCACCUCCGCCAAGAAGAUGCAGAAUACACCGGCGCCGACGGAACGGGUCGGAAACGCAAGAAGCCGUCUGGUUUGACACACAUAUUGCGAGAUGGACUCGCCUACCUCCAAACCGCAGAAUACACGACUUCCUCCUUAGCAGAUGCGCAUCCGGAGAGACCUAGGACGCUAUAUCGUGGACCAAACAGUUUGUUCCGUGCAUUGGCGCCGAAGUAUCGGUUGAACAAGGCUGAGUAUCUUCAAUUGUAUAAUUUGAGACCGACAACGCAGGUUAUGCUGGAGUUGGUUAUUGAAGAGGCGGGUACACGGUUUACUGAGGACGAACUACAUGAUAUUCUUGCUAUUAUUCAGCAGGUCUUUGACGAGGAAGAAGCCGACAUUCCCGAGGGAGUCGAGGACAUGGAGAUGCCGAAGAUUGCGAACAAGCUGCUAGGUGCCAAUAAGAAGAGGAGAAAGGUCAAGAGGAAGGCUUGA